GCCAAUAAUUUUAGUUAAUAAGUGUUUCAAACUCCAAAUAUGACAAAUAGAAGUCAUUAUUUUUGGUAAUAACUUGAGAAUCAAAAUGAGGGGCAAGAGUAGAUUGUUAUGAAAUACACAGAUGAAAACACAUUUUUAUCCUUUUAAAUAGAAGAUUGUUCCAACAAUAUUUGUGAGGGAGUAUAUAUUACUAGGUUUCUUGCUUGUGGCAACAAUCACACAGGCAGGGUAGGUAUAUCUUGUGUUCGCUUUGUCUUGUAUAGUAUUUCAGAAAAUUAUGCACCUUCCAAUAAAAGAAAACAACAAGAAUGGAAUUGCAAAACUCCAACUAGAUAUGAAGCAGCAGAAGAAGCUUCUAAUAAUGUACUGAGAACAAAUAUGAAUAGUGUUGUGUUAGGAGAAUGGUAGAGUAGUAAAAACAGAGGAGGAUAGAUGGGUGAUGGGUGUUGGUGAUGCUGCUGACAUAAUAUAGUGAGCAAAAACAAGAAAGAGAAUCUUUUAUUUCUCUUUUAAGACUGACUUGUUUGGUUAUCCUGUAUUUAUGGCCUCAUCUUCUCCCACAUUACUUCAUCAUUAUUGUUAUUAUUAUUCACCUCCCUCUUCUUUUUCUUCCAAUUCUUCUUCUUCUUCUUCUUCUUCUUCUUCUUCUUCAUCCCCUUGUUGCUCUUCGUCAUCUUCUUCUUCUUAUUCCUCAUUUGAUCAACGCCGAGGAUUUAAUUGCAAAUUUCUCAGCUUCUCUGGGAUAAACAACAUCUGGAGAGGUCAAAGCUUUAGAGCCCAUGCGAUGAGUACAACUGAAGGAAGUGUGAUGUCACCGAAAGCCUUGUUGGAUACUGGAGAUGAACCUGAGCAUCUUCUGGUCCUUGUUCAUGGCAUCUUAGCAAGCCCAAGUGACUGGACGUAUGUACAAGCAGAGUUGAGGAGGCGGUUGGGAGGAAACUUUUUGAUAUAUGCAAGUUCAUGUAAUACAUUCACUAAAACCUUCACUGGGAUUGAUGGAGCUGGAAAACGACUAGCAGAUGAAGUCAGGCUGGUUGUAAAGAAGAGAGAAAGCCUGAAGAAGAUAUCCUUUUUAGCUCAUUCUCUUGGUGGAUUGAUUGCUAGAUAUGCACUUGCCUUACUUUAUUCAUCAAACAACCGUAAUGAGCAGUCCAAUGAUGCAGUCACUUCAACUAGUGCAAACCUCAAACCAGUAGGCUCCUUAAAUGAAGGUUUGAUUGCUGGCCUGGAGCCAGUCAAUUUUAUCACCUUGGCAACACCACAUCUUGGUGUGAGAGGGAAAAAUCAGCUUCCUUUUCUCUUAGGGUUGCCGAUCUUGGAGAAACUUGCAGCACCUAUAGCUCCUAUUUUUGUUGGUCAAACUGGUAGUCAACUCUUCCUUACAGAUGGAAAACCUACUAAACCACCUCUUCUGCUAAUGAUGGCAUCAGACUGUGAUGAUGGAAAAUUUAUAUCAGCGCUUGGUGCUUUCAAAUGGCGCGUUCUUUAUGCUAAUGUCUCUUAUGAUCAUAUGGUCGGUUGGCGUACAUCAUCUAUAAGAAGGGUAACGGAACUCGUCAAGCCCCCUUGGCGAUCUUUGGAUGGCUACAAACAUGUAGUAGAUGUCGAAUAUUGUCCUCCAGCUUCAUGUGAAGGACCUCAUUACCCCCUUGAGGCAGCCAAAGCAAAGGAAGCAGCUCAAAAUGCACCAAGCACGCAGAGGACAUUAGAAUAUCAUGAAAGUAUGGAAGAGGAAAUGAUACGUGGCUUGCAACAGUUGGGGUGGAAGAAAGUUGAUGUUAGUUUUCACUCAGCGCUCUGGCCCUUUUUCGCUCAUAACAAUAUCCAUGUGAAGAACGAGUUUUUUCACAAUGCUGGAGCAGGAGUAAUUGCUCAUGUCGCAGACCACAUAAAGCAACAAGAGAAGCAACCUGAAUCGUCCUCCUUAAUUACCCCUAGCUUGUAAGUCAUAUAGUUGUACAGAAAGAAAUUCAGCGUACAUUUUAUUAUUGAAAUUAAAAUGCUAAAGGCUUGGUUUUUUCCAUUUGUUUUGUUUGCAAGUCUAUAGUUGAUUGCAAAUGUAUAUUUGUCCCAACACUGCUGGUUUACUUGGUUAUAGUGCUGAUUUCAACAGUAGCGAAGCCAGUUUUUUUGCAAA